AUGGCCAACCGCUUGGCCCCGUCCCUCGCCCUCAGCCUAACGGCAGCGACUACUUCAUCGUCAACCGGCCUGAACACCGCCGCCGCCUCUGCCUCCGAUUUCCUGCUCGCUGCCAGUGGUAGCGCUCUAUCCGCCGUUUCCACCCACCCCCGGCCCUUCCCUCCGCCAACUCCCUCGACUAUGGCGGGGUGGAUUGGUUGGGUUUUGACCUUCAUCUUUCAGGUGAUCCCGCGCGGGUUAUACUGGGUCAUUACUUUCUCUACCAUCACGCUGCCUACAUGGCUGUUUACGCUCUUUUCGAUGAGCCUGACGUUCACCAUGAACUUCACUACCCUCAUGUUGAUCAUUCUCGCCCUGGUCUCGACUGUCAGCUGGUUCAUCCGAUACCGGUUCCUGAACAUGUAUAGCCGCCUACCCCCAGAGCCCCAACGCAAAGAAGCGCAGAUCGACCUCUUCCCAGAUAUACAAGAAGGCGACUCGAAACCAGGGCUGGCAAACUACCUCGAUGAGUUCCUCAGCGCGAUUAAGGUCUUCGGUUACUUGGAGCGGCCGGUCUUUCACGAAUUGACCCGGACCAUGCAAACAAGGAAGUUGAUCGCGGGAGAGACACUUAUGCUGGAGGAAGAGAAGGGAUUCUGCUUGGUGGUAGAUGGGAUGGUGCAGAUCUUCGUCAAGUCCAUCCGCGAGGGCCACAAGACGAGCUCAUCCGAGGAGAAUUUACACCUGGGCGAUGAUGCUAAUUCUGAUGAGGAAGACAGCUAUGCAAAUGGCGGACAGGGCUAUCAAUUGCUCACGGAGGUGAAGAAUGGUGCUUCCAUGUCGUCUCUGUUUUCAAUCCUGUCCUUGUUUACGGAAGACAUUCAGCUACACAACUCGCGAAGCUCUAGCUCUAGCACGUCUAGCGCAGGGCUCGGUCUUUCCCAUGUCCGUGCUGACUCUGUUCCUGCCAGCCCUGGCGUAGGGAUGAUGGGCAGCCCCCAACCCCUCGCUCGGGAUCAUGGUGAUCCCCAUGCGACUAUCAAUGGCCACGCCGAUACCCUGCCGGUAGUUCCUCCAUUUCACCUUGGAGAAAGCCAUAACAUCCACAGCCAAACGCCGCAGCCCGAACCUAACCGACAAAAUAAGAGCCGCCGCAAGUCUGUCCAUCCAGAUAUUGUCGCCCGAGCCACUGUUGAUACUACAAUUGCUAUCAUUCCUGCGAGUGCCUUCCGCCGCUUGACUCGGGUCUACCCAAGGGCAACCGCACAUAUCGUACAGGUCAUCCUGACACGUCUUCAACGUGUAACAUUCGCUACUGCUUACUCCUACCUGGGUCUGACAACUGAUGUUCUCGGAAUUGAGCGGCAGAUCUCCAAGUUCACCUCGUGGGACCUGCCUAACGAUCUCCGAGGAGGCGCAUUGGAUCGUCUGAAGGACAAGUUUAUGCGAGAACGAGACCGCUUGGGACCCGAAGAAGUUGGCAAGGGAAUCGCCCUGCACAACCCGUCUUUUGGACGGAGGCGCCGCUCAAGCAGCUCCCUGAGGAAGGAAGCUGUCCUGCAAGCCCGCAUGGCUGGCUCCAGCCGCCCCAUUGCCCUCACGUCGCAAAGACAACCGAGUAUAUUCACAGACAGGGAUACGAUGGGGGUCAGUCCCGGCGAUUUAUUGUCAACUAUCCAGCUGUCCCGGUUUGGACCGCGCCAUGAUCAUCUAGGUGCCCGGAUUCAAAGUCCUCUGACUGAGAGGGAACGCCCUUUUUUCCGACCUGCCGGCAUAGAAGGUCACCCAUCGCCGUUCCAGCGCAAGGACUCGAUCGAUGAGGACACCCUGUUCCGCGACUCUAUUUUGGAUUGUAUAAUGAAGGCCAUUGGUUUGACCGAAGGGACCAGCGAUGCGCUGGGCAAGGGUGGCCACGUCUCCGGCGAUGUUUCGCCCAGGCUGCUCUCUUAUGAUUCUCGUCGACAGAAGGCCGUUUUCUCGAAUGCUUUUGGGUUUAUUGACCCCUAUGAGGGAUCGGGAGACGGCGAGACCGAGUCCAUGAUGUCCAUGUCUGUCACUAGUGCGGGUGGGACCUCGCCACUCGUCAACCUCCGAGAGGAACUGCGCCAUGAUAUAGAGGUCGUCUAUUUCCCACAGGGUUCGGUUCUUGUGGAACAGGGCGAGCGACAUCCUGGCCUCUACUAUGUGAUCGAUGGAUUCCUGGAUGUAGGCAUUCCGGCUAGUGAUCGUGACGAUGAUCUUGUUGGGAGUUCCCGUCCAUCCAAUGGGCCAAUCUCACAGGCCCAGAGCGAGCUUUUCCCAAAGCUGAGACGGACCACCACAGGCUCCUCGCGCACUUCGGCCUCCAACGUUGCCGGCGACUCGCGACGCAAGAAUCAGUCACGAAAGUCCCUUUACCUGAUCAAACCCGGUUGCAUGCAAGGCUAUGUUGGUGCCCUCGCGUCCUACCGUUCUUACACAGAUGUUGUCGCCAAAACGGAUGUUUAUGUAGGAUUCCUCCCGCGAGCAUCUCUUGAGCGAAUCGCGGAUAGGUACCCCAUUGCUUUGUUGACUCUAGCCAAGCGAUUGACUAGUCUUCUGCCACGUCUACUGCUGCACAUUGAUUUCGCUCUCGAAUGGGCGCAGGUCAAUGCUGGCCAAGUGAUUUACCACCAAGGCGAUGAGAGUGAUGCCAUCUAUCUCGUCCUAAAUGGCCGUCUGAGGUCUGUGCUGGAAGACGCCAAUGGCAAAAUGACGGUCAUCGGUGAGUACGGCCAGGGCGAGAGUGUGGGUGAAUUAGAGGUUAUGACUGAGUCUACUCGACCUGCUACCCUCCAUGCAAUUCGAGAUACCGAAUUGGCCAAAUUCCCCCGCUCGCUGUUCAACAGUCUGGCUCAAGAACAUCCUGGAAUUACCAUUCAAAUUUCCAAGUUGAUUGCCCAACGCAUGCGUGAUCUGGUCGAGCAUCCGCUAUCAGAGAAGGUCAUCGAGCAGGGUCACGUCGGUGGCGUUCAGACCGCAAAAUCAACCGUCAACCUUCGCACAGUAGCGAUUCUUCCCGUCUCCGCAGGUGUUCCCGUGGUUGAAUUUGGGCAUCGGCUACUCAAUGCACUACACCAGAUCGGUGUGACCAGAGGGGUGACCUCGCUCAACCAGGCUGCUAUUCUGAACCACUUGGGAAGGCACGCUUUCAGCAAAAUGGGGAAGCUGAAGCUCUCUCAGUACCUAGCUGACUUGGAGGAGAAAUACGGACUCGUGCUCUACAUCGCCGACACCAAUGUCAACGCCCCCUGGACGCAGACUUGUAUUGCCCAGGCAGACUCAAUUCUGUUGGUCGGUCUCGCCGAGUCUUCCCCUAGAAUCGGAGAAUAUGAGCGUUUCCUUCUCGGCAUGAAGACAACUGCCCGAAAAGAACUUGUUCUUUUGCACGCUGAGCGGUACUGCUCACCUGGACUUACCCGUCGCUGGCUCAAGAACCGGGUGUGGAUCAAUGGCGGCCAUCACCAUAUCCAAAUGGCGUUUCGACUCACAACUGAGCCCUCUCACCCGCAGACCAAGAAGUUUGGCACCGUGCUCAAGCAGCGAGUGCAAAUCCUGCAGGCUGAGAUCCAGAAGUACACUUCUCGACGCAUCCAACAAUCCCCGCUUUAUUCGCCGCAAACUCCUUUCAAGGGUGAUUUCCACCGUCUUGCCCGGCGGCUGUGUGGUAAGUCCGUCGGCCUUGUUCUCGGCGGUGGAGGUGCCCGGGGUAUUUCCCAAGUGGGCGUGAUCAAGGCUCUAGAAGAAGCUGGCAUCCCGAUUGACAUCAUCGGCGGCACUUCCAUCGGCUCUUUCAUCGGUGCCCUGUAUGCACGAGACGCAGAUGUGGUUCCGAUGUAUGGGCGUGCAAAAAAGUUUUCCGGUCGCAUGGGAAGCAUGUGGCGUUUCGCGCUGGACUUGACCUACCCGACUGUCUCAUAUACGACCGGCCACGAGUUCAAUCGUGGCAUCUUCAAGACCUUUGGUGAUAGCCAGAUCGAGGACUUCUGGCUCGAGUUCUACUGUAACACGACAAACAUCAGUCGCUCCCGCGCCGAAUACCACUCAUCUGGCUACGUGUGGCGUUACGUUCGCGCCUCGAUGUCUCUGGCCGGCCUGAUUCCUCCUAUCUGUGACGAAGGCAGCAUGCUCCUCGACGGUGGAUACAUUGAUAACCUAACCGUCGCACAUAUGAAGAGUCUCGGUGCCGAUGUUAUCUUCGCCGUAGAUGUUGGCUCAAUCGACGACAACACGCCCCAAGGCUAUGGCGACUCCCUAUCUGGAUUCUGGUCCGUUCUCAACAGAUGGAACCCAUUCUCUGCAAUCCCGAACCCACCCACGCUCUCCGAGAUCCAAGCCCGUCUGGCCUACGUCUCCUCGAUCGACAACCUCGAGCGCGCGAAAAAUACCCCAGGCUGUUUGUACAUGCGUCCACCAAUUGACCCCUAUGGUACGCUGGAAUUUGGCAAAUUCGACGAGAUCUAUCAGCUCGGGUACGCGUACGGCAAGGAAUUCCUCGACCGUCUGAGGAAUGAGGGCUCUCUCCCGAUUCCCGAAGAGACGGAAGAGAAGCGGAAAUUACAGCGUACGAUGGCUCCCCGCCGAGCUAGUAUUUGA